AUUACCGGGUAAUUUACCGGGUAAUUACCGGGUAACACCACCUUAUCCGAUAAGGACGUGUGCAGUAAGGACGUGUGCGGUCAUGCUUCUUUCCCUGCUCGCCUCCUUCUACCUGCUCCACAGCCUAACGCAGCUCGGCGGCUCCGCGCUGGAGCUUGUGGAGGCGCAGAUACGGAGGAAGCGCGCGCUGCACAGAUGGACCGGUGUUACACCUGGAGCGUCCGGGACCAAGCGGCUUCCGCAGGCCAUCAUCGUGGGGGUGAAGAAGGGCGGCACGCGCGCGCUACUCGAGUUUCUCCGCGUGCACCCGGACGUGAGGGCGGCGGGAGCCGAGCCGCACUUUUUCGAUCGUUUCUAUGACAACGGAUUGGAGUGGUACAGAGACCUGAUGCCCAACACCCUGGAGGGUCAGAUCACCAUGGAGAAGACGCCCAGCUACUUUGUGACCCGUGAAGCACCAGCUCGGAUCUACUCCAUGUCACCUUCAACCAAACUCAUAGUGGUGGUGAGGGAUCCGGUCACCCGGGCCAUCUCAGACUACACACAGACACUGUCUAAAAAGCCAGACAUUCCCACCUUUGAAAGCCUGACUUUCAAAAACAGGACUACAGGCCUAAUCGACACCUCAUGGAGCGCCAUCCAGAUUGGUAUCUACGCCAAGCACCUUGACAACUGGCUCCAGUUCUUCCCCAUGAAUCAGAUCCUGUUUGUGAGCGGCGAGCGGCUGAUCAGUGACCCAGCUGGAGAGCUCGGCCGUGUGCAGGACUUCCUGGGCCUGAAGAGGAUCAUCACAGACAAACACUUCUAUUUCAACAAGACCAAGGGCUUUCCAUGUCUGAAGAAGGCUGAAGGAAGCAGCAAGCCUCACUGCCUGGGCAAAACUAAAGGCCGAACACACCCCAACAUCGAUCCGGAGGUGAUGCAGAGGUUACGAGACUUUUACCGGCCCUUUAAUAUGAAGUUCUACCAGAUGACUGGAAGGAUAUUUGGCUGGAAUGACUGACUUU